AUGCGUGGUGCUUCCACAGUCACUUUGGCAGCAUGUGCUGCGCGUGCUCUCGCUGACUCGCACACCCUCUAUGCUGGUUUCUUCGCUGGCACCACUUUGGUGCGGCUCGAAUUCGACGACUCGACCAAUGCAUUGACCCUCGUCGAGAACAUCACUGCUCCGAACACGAGCGGCCAGAAAUGGAUCACCCUCGACUCUCGGAAGCAAAACCUAUACGUGGCUACCACUGGCUACUUCCAGGGUUACACCAUCGGAGAUGAUCUGAGUCUCACAUAUAAGAAUAACGUCUCGCUGUCCUCGGACUGCUCCAACGCCAAUUACAUUGCAGCAUCCAGUGUAUCUCCUUACACUGUCUUCGGCACGGCCUACAGCACCGGAUGUGCUAGCCUUGCCAUCUCUGUCGACGAGGACGGCGCGCUACAGAGUACAUAUGCGAAUGCGACCUACGACACAUCAGCCGGUGUCCACGGCUCUGAUGUGAGCCCUGACGGCGACUUCUUCUAUUCAGCAGAUGAUAUGGGUAAUGGCGUUUGGGUCCAUUCCGUCGAUGAAACGGCGGGCACGGUCGAGGAGAUCCAGCACCUCGACGCUGAUGACGGCAGCGACCCUAGGCACUUGGCUGUCCACCCCAAUGGAAAGUGGGUAUAUGUUGUCUAUGAGGCGGCCAGCUCCAUCGCUGUGUACAGCCGCGACAACAGCACUGGGUUGUUGACCUUCACCAACACCACUUAUUCAUUACUGCCUGAUGGCUUCACCAACUCAUCUUCCUACUGGGCUGAUGAGGUUAUCGUUUCGAGCAAGAACUCCACCUCGCCUAAGUACCUGUACGCCGCCACCCGGUCGCGGACCACAGACAUCCCGGGCUAUGUCUCUGCCUUUUCCCUGGAUGCCGACACGGGAGCCAUCACGGAGCAGCUGUUCCUGCUGCCCACCACUAACAGCGGUGGCUCUUCCAACUCUGUGGGCCCUUCUGGGUUCAGCGAGGAGUACUUUGUUAUUCCCGACAGUGGCUCCAACUUCCUCGAGGUCUGGAAGAUGGCCGAUGAUGCGUCUAGCGCAUCUGCAGUUGCACACCUGGAUCUUGAGAAUGGGCCUGCGAAUGCUGUGUGGUAUAGCUAA